AUGAGAGCUCCUUAUCAAAAAUUCGUAUUUUUGGCAUCAGAAUCAGCGGCAAAUUUUCCACAGUGUGAUGAUUUUUUCGAUGAUUUUUAUAAUGUUACCUGGACUUAUAAGCUGAACUCGGAUAUCCGUUGGAGCUACUUCAACAUUGUUGACAAAGAAGGCAAUACUGUUGGCCCAAGGAUUAAUAUGACUUGGAUUGAGGCAACGAAGCCAGUUCCUUUCAACAUCAAGAAAAAAAUUGGGAAUAAGAAAAAGGCAGCCGCGUGGUUCGUGUCCAAUUGCCAUACAAUAAGUGAUCGUCAAAAUGUUUCUAGACAUAUAGAAAAGGCGAUGAGACAAUAUAACAUGACAUUGGACAUAUUUGGCUGGUGUGGCAGAAAAAAAUGCCCCAAAGACAGACUCCAAGAAUGUUUGUACUUACUGGAAAAUGAAUACUACUUCUAUUUCUCUUUUGAGAAUUCUUUGUGUGAAGAUUAUGUGACUGAGAAAAUUCUGUAUCCUUUGCAAAAUUAUGCGGUUCCUGUAGUAUUUGGUGGUGCUGAUUAUUCCAGGUUCUUACCGCCCGGUUCAUACAUCAACGCCCGGGAACGAAACGCCACACAAAUCGCUGAGGACAUGUACAAAGCUAUCACAAACCCUAACAUCUACGAGAAUUACUUCAGGUGGCACAAUUACUACAAAUACGUGAAGCACCCUUCAGAAGCAGAUAUCUGCAAACUGUGCCAAGUCCUGAACGAGGAUAAGUCUUCUACGUACAGAUCCUUCAGAAAAUGGUGGAAUCCUCUAUACGCGUCGCUUUGCGCUAAGGGAGGAGGCCGGUUUCUCAUCAUGAAACCCCCUAUUUAA